AUGGCCCAUCCGACGUCCCUAUUAUCGCUUGCGAACGAAACAAUCCAUGGCAUCCUCGACUGUCUUCCCCCCUUGGACGAGUGGGCAUCGCUAGAUACCACAGCACCUGGCGGUGGUUUGAUCCAGCUGAACCCUGUGUUGAAAAGUAUUUAUGCUACCAACAGACGUCUCCGAAAUAUCUCCGCCUGUCGCCUCUACAACGAAGUUGUCAUUCACAUAGAACGAACGCUCGAUCCUAACCGUCUCACGCGUGUCAUCCAGGGCUUGACGCUUGACGGUAGAAUUUCAAUCCAAAUACGACACAUUCUCGUAGAUUGGCACAUAUUGGACACAGGAAAACACCGUUCCCUGCAAAAACUAUCAUACAACUUACUCAGCUUGCCUAAACUGACGACGAUUCGGUUGGUGGACAAGGACACUCAUCUCGACGAACGCACCCUCAGUGCCGCCAAUUCGCACCCAUCUCUGAAAGCAUUCUACAUUGAGGAUAUUAAGCAACUAGCUUCCCUUUCGCCUGCAUUCUACCACUCAGUCUCUAUGUCUCGUAUCUUUUGCGGCGCCUUAUUCAUUUGGAAUGACCCGCUGCCAGAGAUCCUCACGAGUGCCCGCGCACUUGAUCCCUGCGGUCUCGUCGGUCCACAUCUCCGAUAUCUCCACGUCGUCUUCCCACCUUCUUCACCGCCAAUUCCAUGGACACGCCUGACAAUCCCAGGUCUACAGAAACUGUAUAUCUGCUCUCUCUCACAGGACGACUUCGAUUGGUGCGGAGAUGCUCCAACAUUCUUCCUUCGUCAUCCAGAAUUAGUGUCAGUAUCUCUGUCUGGUCGUGGAUUGCAAGGCCCUCAAACCGUCGUCAAUAUCCCCGGACUCGAUUCGCUCUACACCGAUGACCCGACAAGGUUCUGGCAUUUCAAGGAGCUAAAAUUGAGGCGUCUUACUCAACCCGACGCCAGCUUUCCCACGCCGUGGGAUCUAGAACACGCUUGGAUUGUCAUAAAAGACAAUGCAGAAGGCACUCUCCUGUUCUUGUUUGAGAACUUGCCGCCUUGCCGCAUGCUAUUCAUUGAAGAAACGGAGAGUCAUGAGAAAGGCGAUAGUUUCACCACGUCUGCUGUCUGGGACGCCAUAAUCGACAACCCACCCAACUUAGAAUAUGUCACCUCACUUAGGCUACAAGACCUUCGUCUCCCCAACCCACCACUUUCGAAGUCACGUUCGCAACGCUUCCCCAACGAUACAACAAGGGCGAAGCGCGUGGAAACCACCCUUACUUAUUAUGGCGAAGUCAUGCGCGAUCCAGAGCAUUGCACAAACUCUGCUGUCCCGGAGAUGCUCAGCGGCUUCACCGAUUUGUUAGCACUCAAAGUCGAGGAACUCGCAAGACACUGUCCACGUUUAGAGGUUGUGUCGAUUAAAGGGACGAGCACGAGUGAGACUUGGUUCAUCCGUGGUACGUUCAUGUACACGGUCCGGAGGGAGAUCAUAAAGGUGGGCAGUGAUGCGCAGAAAGGGGGGCUUGUAAGGAAGGGGGUGGAGCGCAAAGAGAGUAACCAUGUGCAAGUUAAGCUCUUUAGUCAAUGUGUUGAGGUCGAGGUCAGGGAAAAGGAGGUAUCGGUUGACACUGUAUGAAGAGAAAGAAGACGAUGACGAGGGC